ACUCAACCCCUUCACUUUAGUCAAUCCUCUUUGGAACAUACUGUAUGUUCACGGUUCCAGUGUCUGUAAAAUUUUUAAAACUCGAAAAAAAUGAAUUAAACAAUGACCCCAUCACAGUAAAAUAAUUCUUCGGACUAAAAUCUUCUUAGGAUAUCAAAGAAUAAUUAGCGAAUGAAGAAAUGAUUAAACUCCUGAGAUUCAUCACUCUCCAAAUAAGUAAGAAUGGAGUGAAUAAUCCUCGGUGCGAACGAAUUCCUAGUGUUUUGAGGACAUCGUACCGUCAUGGAAGCUUCACCAAACUUCCUGGAAAGGUAAUAAGCCCCAAAAGCGAGACAGCUCUUCGAAAAAAAGACAAACUUGCCCCAACCUUCGAGCUAAUCUACAGAAGUAACCUGACGAGCUACGUAAUCUGGCUCUACCCAUUAUCCAUAACGUCCUACAUCCUCGUGGGAUUCGCCUACUACUACUUCAAAAUUCACCUGCAAGAUGUGUCGUUUCCAAUCAAGUCAGUAGCUGCUCCCGUGGGUUACAACAAACGUCAUGAAGUGGACGUAACGUUUAUUUUUUAUCUCGCAAUGAAUACAUUCACGUUGUACAUACUCAGAAGAAUCCCCAUGCGGAUAUGGCUAGACAAUUUCAAGAAGGAGUACCGAAUGAUUCUAAUAGGAAACAAUCAAUCUUUAAAGAGACAGAUUGCGUUCCAGCCUGGAGAAGUCACGAGAAACUACAUAUUCCCCAGCAAUAGUUUCCAGGAGAUGAUGCAUCGGUAUCGAAAAAAAUUGUAUUUUAUUUCUUCUGUAGAUUUCAGAUCACCUGUUGACUAUAACCAGAUGACUGGGUACAGUCCUAACUUGACAGAUUGAUGUAGAUUAAAUUGAGGGAAUAAAUCCAUCUCUCUUAUAAUUUUACGUGAUGCAAAAUCCGUCCAAAGAAAAAAUUCAUCCCAGCAAAUUUUUCCGACUAGAAAAUCCGAAUGAAUUGAAUGCAUUGAAAUUUUAUUUUUCGAUCGACCUAAAAAAAAGGCCCUCCUUUCAUCCCAAUUUCAAUUGAAAUGUUAUUUAAUCUGGCAGAUGGAUUUCUAGAGCAACCAUCAAAUUGCUAGUGCUCCCAGCAAUCAAGGAAUUGAAUCCUAGCAUCGAUUCCCCCACAACUGACGUAA